AUGACAAGCAGAAACAUUUUUGCUUGCAACUGGCUCGAGUAUAAUAGAGGGAGAGUUGGUAGGGAUAAGCGUACAGAGUAUAGACCAUUCAAGCAGUUUAUUAAUUUGAAUUAUUUGGGUUUAAUGCAACUGGAUCUUGAUUCCAAUUUACUGGGGAAUUAUGCACAAAUGAAAUCUGGCAAUCAACUCUGUAAGAAUUGUAAUCAAAUUGGUCAUGCUUUUGCAUAUUGUCCUACUAUAGAAUGCAUAUAUUGUCAUGGUUACGGUCAUAUUCUUGAACAUUGUCCCACAUGCCCUCCAAGACCAAAAGGAGGGCAUUCUAAAUUCAAGAAUGUCUUAAAGCCUGGAUCUUCCUCUGUCACUGCUGUUGCUGCUACUGAGGGUUCUACUGCCAUCACCAUGAGUGAUCUUGAGGCACUAUUCAAACAGGUACAGGAUCCACAAACGGGACAGAUUCUUGGGGAGGGUCGCAGAGUUGGUCGAUUAUUUGAGCUUGCAUCUUUACAUCUUCCUUAGAGAUUUGUGUCUGC